GGAACUGCUCCGGUCGAUGCCUUUAAUUGCUCCCGGGUUCCGUCGAUACCUGCCGGUUUCUCCGCUCCAUCACGAGCCACUGGGAUACGGGUUGCCCGGGAAACGGCCGCAUGGCAACAGGAUCAGAGCCUGGGGGUUGUCUGCUUCUAGCUCUGCUCCCAUUUUGCACCGCGUUUCCUCACUAGAUGGUGUGAGAGCCACUGGAGAGACGCUCCGCUCCGCAUCCAGCCAGAGAACCACCGGGGAACCGGGAGGCGCGUUUCUCCUCCUCCUCCUUCACGGGCUGAGAAAAGUGCGCACACGAAGCGCGUCCACCGGGCCGACCCCCUCUAUCAGCACACCGGAGGAGAAGCGACGCAUCGCCGCUGUGAUGGACAUAAUGACCGCGGUGCAGGACGCGUGUGUCUCCGGUCAGUGGCUCACGGUGGUCCUCCUCAGCCUGGGCUGCUUCCUGCCGUCCUGCCUGCCGGGACAGACCGUACCGGACUACUCCUCGGUGGAGAGCGUGGUGAGCAGACAGGGCGACACGGCUCUGCUCAGGUGCUACCUGUUGGAUGGGAUCUCUAAAGGCGCCUGGCUCAACCGCUCCAGCAUCAUAUUUGCAGGGAAGGACAAGUGGUCUGUGGACCCCCGGGUGUCCAUCGUGUCCAGCGUGGGGGACAAACACGAGUACAGCCUCCAGAUACAGAGAGUGGAUGUUAGCGACGACGGCCAGUACACCUGCUCCAUCCAGAGCGAGCGCAACCCUCGGCCCAAGCUGCUCAACCUCAUCGUCAAAGGUGAGUCUGACUUCCUGUGUAGCUUCAGAUGUUGUCCUCACCACUGCAGCUUUCUGUUGUCUGCUGAGAGGUUUAUAACAUCUGUUGUCCUGUUUGCUGCUAACAAGAGAACAAACUGCAGAGUUUCACUUCCGGCCACUUCAAACCCUCAGGUUGUGCCUGCAGGCGAUGCGACAAACGAGAAGAAAAGGUUCAGACUGGGCAGCUUUAAUUAGGCCACAAAACUCACA